CUCCUAUAAAGAGAGAGCUGGCCGACACGAUGAAGUGCUCCCAACCAGCAGAGCUCUCAGCCUUCCCCUGGCACUAUCAUCACCAUGCCAGUCUUCAAAGACAGAGACCUUGAUGUCCCCGGCACGGAGUUGCUGAUCGAUCUUCAACAUGACCUCGAUGUCGCCCACGACAGCUCCGACAUCAUCCUGUUGCCCCCUCCCACGGCCUGCGAGGGUGAUCCGCUCAAAUGGUCCAAAUUCAAGAAGUACUGGCACCUCUUCCUUGUCUCUGCCUAUGCCUGUAUCUUUUCCUUUGCCGAAAACAACACCGGAGAUGCCUACUCGACAAUCGUGGACAUGACCGGGUCCACUAUGACCAUCAUGAAUGGUGGUGGCGCUCUCAACUAUCUCAUGCUAGGUCUGGUGAACAUCUUUUGGAUCCCAGCGGCCAUGAAGAUUGGCCGCCGGUUCUGCUUUCUCGCCACCCUGCUUCUCUGCAUCGGCUCUUCUAUCUGGAUGGGUGCGUUCCAUACGGCAGGCGAAUGGUAUGGCUGCAACAUCGUCAAUGGACUUGGUACAUCCGCGUAUGAAGCGGUGAUUCAGCUGGCCGUCUUCGAUCUCUUCUUCGACCACCAGCGCGGUCGUAUGCUAGGUUUCUACAUCUUCGCCCAGCAACUGGGCUCCAUCAUUGGUCUGGUCUCGGGUGGCUACAUUGCCGACGGACCGGGCUGGCGCUGGGCCCAAUGGGUAGUCUCCAUUGGCGAAGCAGUGUUGAUCAUCGUCUUCUUCUUCACUUACGAGGAGACCCUAUUUCCCCGGUUCCUCUUCAACCCUGCACAGAGCCUGCCCACCGAGGAAGCCAAAACCAAAACCCCGGCAGACGUGGCCGAAACCGCUUCUGUGGACAAAAAAGACCCCGCCGUGGUUGACAACGCGAGUGUCAGCGAGGGUGCCGCCAGUGGGACAAUCCCUUCGCCGUCCCAAUUCCCCAAACGGACCUUUUCCGAGAAGCUGCGCCUGUGGGUAUACUAUCCUCAAGACAAGACCACGUAUUGGUCGUAUUUUAAGCGGCCCUUCUUCUUGCUGGCAUUCCCCAACAUCAUCAUUGCUGGUAUCAUCUUCGCUUUCGGCUGCACCUCGGGAAUUGUGACCAACAAGACCAUCUCUGAGAUCCUCACCGGGGCGCCGUACAACUUCACGGACGGCCAGACUGGACUUGCCUACCUGUCCGCUUUGGUUGGCAGUAUUGUUGGCUACCUCACCAGUGUGAUGGGGGACAAGAUUGUCAUUUACCUCGCUCGUCGCAAUGACGGUAUUAAGGAGCCGGAGAUGCGUCUCUGGGCCCUGGCGCCUUGUUUCAUCUAUACGGCAGUGGGAUACGAGCUGUAUGGCUGGGGUGCACAGGAGGGAGCACACUGGAUGACAAUCACGGUGGGCAUCGGAGCAAUGAUUGCUCAGCAGGUGGCUGCGACAUCAACAGCAACCGCCUAUGCAAUGGAAUGUUUCCCCGGCGUUGGCGGCGAGAUCGUCGUCAUUCUUGCCAUCUGCAGCUCCAUCAUCAACUUCAUCAUCUCCGAGACCACACAGCCGUUCUACGAUGCCACCGGCCCAGGGUGGUUGUUCCUAUUCUACGGCAUCUGGGUGAUCCUCUCUCUAGUGGCCGGCAUGGCAGUCUAUGUGUGGGGGAAGAAAUGGCGGAGAAAGUGCGCUCCCCGGUACUACAAGUUCCUCCAGGAAAGAGGAGGCAACAUCUAAUGCGCUUUCAUGUAUACCCCGCUAGUUCUGAGAUG